GACAACCACUAACUGAAAGAACCACUAUCUAGCACUUGGCUAUGUCUUGAAAAAAGUGCUUUGGUAAGUAUGCAAAACAGCUUAGCAAAUAAAAACAUCAAAUUAUACACUUCAAAGUUCUCAUUCAUCUAAGUUUAUAAUGUCUACCACCUUCAGCUUACCAUUUCUUUUAAUUCUCACAAUCACAUUAACAUGUGAAUUCUCUACACAAAUUGCUGCAUCAUUUUCAAUAAAAGAAGCAACUAUAGAUGAUAUUCAACUAGCUUUCCACCAAAACAAACUAACUACCACACAGUUAGUAAACUUCUACCUUCAGCAAAUUCACAGACUCAAUCCUCUGCUUAGAGCAGUCAUAGAACUGAACCCCGACGCACGCUAUCUAGCCGAAAAGGCUGACCGCGAGCGCAAAGCUAAAGCGCAUAGAACUUUACCUAGUUUGCAUGGCAUUCCUGUGCUGCUCAAGGAUAACAUUGCCACCAAAGAUAAGCUUAAUACUACGGCCGGCUCGUACGCGUUGGUGGGUUCGGUCGUGCCGAGAGAUGCAGGGGUUGUUGGGAAGUUGAGGAGAGCUGGAGCUAUCAUACUAGGGAAAGCUAGCAUGACUGAAUGGGCUGCUUUUAGAUCUAGUUUUUUGCCUAGUGGUUACUGUGGAAGAACUGGGCAAGGAAAGAAUCCUUAUGUUCUAUCAGCAGAUCCUUGUGGGUCGAGUAGCGGGUCUGGAAUAUCAGUUGCAGCAAAUUUAGUGGCAGUUUCACUAGGGACUGAGACUGAUGGCUCGAUCUUAUGUCCGUCGAGUGCUAACUCCGUAGUCGGUAUCAAACCGACCGUUGGUCUUACUAGUAGAGGUGGAGUUGUUCCAAUCUCCCCUAGACAGGACACUGUUGGGCCUAUGUGCAGGACAGUGAGAGACGCAGUUUAUGUCCUCGAUGCAAUUGUAGGUUUUGAUUACUACGACAAAGCUACCAGAGCUGCAGCGAGGUUUAUUCCAAAAGGCGGCUACAAGCAGUUUCUUAAGCGUGACGGACUUAAAGGCAAGCGAUUGGGGAUAGUGAGAAACCCAUUCUUCACAUUCGGCAAUGACCAAGGAUCUGUCGUAGCUCGAGCUUUCAAACGCCACAUCUAUACUUUAAGACGAAAAGGCGCGAUUGUCAUAGACCAUUUGGAGAUAUCAAAUAUUACCGAGAUUGUAAAUGGCUACGAAAGUGGGGAACAGUUUGCAUUGUUGGCUGAAUUUAAGCCAGCGAUCAACGCCUACCUCAAACAGUUGGUGAAAUCUCCAGUCCGUUCCCUAGCCGACCUCAUCGCCUUCAAUAAAAGAUUCGCCAACUUGGAGAAGACAAAGGAUUAUGGCCAAGACAUCUUCGAAUCAGCUGAAUCGAUGAACAAGACCAAUGCCGAUAAGAUAUUGAAGUUAGCAUUACCUAACCUAAACGUACUUUCGAGAAAUGGGCUCGAGAAACUAGUAAGGAAACGCAAUCUAGACGCAUUGGUGAGUCCUUUUGAUAUAGUGAGGAGCUCAAGUUUCUCAUCUUUGCUUGCAAUCGGAGGGUAUCCUGGCAUUAGUGUUCCUGCUGGCUAUGAUAGUAAAGGGGUGCCCUUCGGCAUUUGCUUCGGAGGCGUAAAGGGCAGCGAGCCGAAACUAAUAGAGAUUGCUUAUGGGUUUGAGCAAGCUACUAAGAUCAGAAAGGCUCCUUUAUUCAAAUCUUAAGUAUAGUUCUUCUUUGUGAUGUUUAUGAUGCACAAUAAUAAUAUUUUCUAGAUAUCUUGAGAUAGUGCUAACAGGAAGCUGUUUCACCUCAAGAUAUGGAAGAUAAACUAUAAUGUCAAUCAAUUGAAAUGAUUCAACCAGUUCGAUUGGGACCGGAGGUUUGUUCA